GGAACAUGAAAAGUCCAUUAUAACGCCCUCCGUCUCAGUCAGAAGCCAAAGUUGCUGAAGAACAGACGCAAAAAUGACAGACCACAGAUGGAUGCACUACAGCCAUGGCAGCGUGCCGCCCAAUGCCAUUGUGGCUGGACACGAUUCCGAUGGUGAUACCAUCUAUGUGGGCCGCGCCUUCUUCCACAACGAUAUGCUGCCGGCAAAGGUCAUCCCCAACAAGGGCAAGGCCUACGUGGCCUACGCCAGGGAGGAGCACGAGCUGGAGAACUACGAGGUGCUGUCCGGCCACAACUACGAUUGGCUGCCGGCGGAGAAUGGAGAAGUGCCGGCGGGAGCUGUCAAGAUUGGCCAGAAUGUGGACGGAGAGUGGCUGUAUGCCGGACGGGGCUACCAUGCCGGCAGCUUGACCGUCGGAAAGGUGCAUCCCUCCCACGGAUGCCUCUACAUUCCCUACGACUCCGACGAGGUGAAGAUCUUCGCCUACGAGGUGCUCAGCCAGCCGGAGCGCUGGAUCGACACCACGGCCACGGAGAUUCCGGACGGCGCCCUGGUGGCCGGUCACGAUUCCAACGGUGACACCAUCUAUGUGGGCCGUGUCUUCCGGCACGGUGACUUUCUGCCCGCCAAGGUGGUUCCAGCCAAGGGCAAGGCCUAUGCCGCCUACGGCCAGCAGGAGCACGAGCUCACGGACGUUGCCGUUCUGGCCGGAUCCGGCUUCCGUUGGGUGCCAGCCUCGCAUGGCAACGUAGUGCCCGGAGCCCUGUCCUCCGGUCCUAGCUCUGAUGGCGAGCCCCUCUAUGUGGGCAGAGCUAUCUACUGCGACAGUCUGAGCGUGGGCAAGAUCCAUCCCUCCCACGGCUGCAUCUACAUCCCCUUCGGUGGCGAGGAAGUGCGUCUCGAGCACUACGAGGUUCUAGUUCGCAUCUAAGUCAUCAUUACUAUUUUUUUUUUCUUUUUUUUUUUUUUAAUAAAUUU